ACCUCAGCCUCCUCUCAGCGCUCCGGAGUCACUCCGAUUCGAUAGCGGUGGGAGGUGAAGGGGGGGCGAGGGGGCGGGUGAGGUUCCCGGGGUCGAUCUGCGAGGAGCAUCCAACCCCUGAGAAGAAAGUCUGACAGCAUCCAAAGCAGCUUCCAGCUUCCCCAAGUGUUCACCGCGGCGUGGUGGUGAGGCACCAUGUUUGUUGCCAAAGGCGCCUGGACAUUGGUGGCCCCAGGACAACUUCCUACUCACAUCCCUCCUGCCCCAGGACCGUCCCCGGAGCCAUCCCCCCCCCCCACCCACGACCCCCUCAGCCACCAGCGCAGCGUCUCAUCUUCCCCACCUCCUCCCGGUCCACACCGCUGCUCCGACUGCGGCAAAACCUUCGGCGCUCGCUCCCGCCUGGCCGUGCACCGCCGCGUGCACACGGGCGAGCGGCCCUUCGCCUGCCCCCACUGCGGCAAACGCUUCAGCCAGAGCUCGGCGCUGGGUUUGCACCGCCGCCUUCACACCGGCGAGCGGCCUCACGUCUGCGGGGACUGCGGCAAAGCCUUCGCCAUCGCCUCCCACCUGGCCGUGCACCGCCGCGUGCACACGGGCGAGCGGCCCUUCGCCUGCUCCCACUGCGGCAAACGCUUCAGCCAGAGCUCGGCGCUGGCGCUGCACCGCCGCGGCCACACCGGGGAGAGGCCUCACGCCUGCGGGGACUGCGGCAAAGCCUUCGCCGUCGCCUCUCACCUGGCCGCCCACCGCCGCAUUCACACCGGGGAGAAGCCGUAUCCGUGCCCGCGCUGCGGUAAGUGCUUCCGGCAGCGCUCCGGCCUCGUCACGCACCAACGGGGACACAAGUAG